CCCGAUAACCACUCCGGCACGUCCACUUUGUUGUCAAUAUUGCAUUUUGUUUAUUUAAGUAUCGUAAUAGAAUGAGUAAACUUUGUCCUCAAUCUCUCACACACCGUAUUCUCUUUGUUUAUUCCUAUCACCACUUCAAAAACCAGUAGCGUUGCAAUCAUCAAUCAUCAAUCAUUAUCAUCCAUGGCUCCUAAAAGGGUUCUUCUCCUCUGCGGUGACUUCAUGGAAGACUAUGAAGGUAUUGUUCCUUUUCAGGCAUUGCAAGCAUUCGGUAUCACCGUCGAUGCUGUUUGUCCCAGUAAAAAAUCCGGUGAUGCCUGCCGCACCGCCGUUCAUAUUCUUUCCGGUGGCCAGACGUAUACUGAGACAAUUGGUCACAAUUUUACGCUCAAUGCAACUUUUGAUGAAAUUGAUCACACAAACUAUGAUGGGUUAUGGUUGCCGGGAGGAAGGGCGCCGGAGUAUCUUGCUCACAUUCCUAGUGUUGUGGAGCUGGUGGCCAAGUUUGUAAAUUCUGGAAAACAGAUUGCUUGCAUUUGUCAUGGCCAUUUGAUUCUGGCUGCUGCUGGUGUAGUUGAAGGUCGCAAGUGCACGGCUUUUCCUCCUGUUAAACCGGUGUUGGUUGCUGCUGGUGCCCAUUGGGUUGAACCUGAGACCAUGUCAACUACUGUGGUGGAUGGUAAUCUCAUUACUGCACCUACUUAUGAAGGGCAUCCGGAACUUCUUCGGCAUUUUGUGAAGGCAUUAGGAGGCACAAUAAGUGGAUUUGAUAAAAAAAUUCUCUUUAUUUGUGGGGAUUACAUGGAAGAUUAUGAGGUCAAGGUUCCUUUUCAGUCUCUUCAGGCUUUAGGAUGCCAUGUUGAUGCAGUUUGCCCCUCAAAGAAGGCUGGUGAUACUUGCCCAACUGCUGUUCAUGAUUUUGAAGGAGAUCAAACUUACAGUGAGAAGCCAGGACACAAUUUUACUUUAACUGCGAACUUUGAUGACGUUGACCCUUCAGGCUAUGACGCUCUUGUCAUCCCUGGAGGUCGAUCACCUGAGUACUUGUCAUUGAAUGAGUCUGUUAUUUCCUUGGUGAAGCAUUUCAUGGAAGCCAAUAAGCCAGUUGCAUCAAUCUGCCAUGGCCAACAGAUUUUAGCUGCGGCUGGUGUUCUCAAGGGAAGGAAAUGUACUGCUUAUCCAGCCGUGAAGCUUAAUGUGGUUUUAUCAGGAGCAACUUGGCUGGAGCCUGACCCCAUAAGCCGCUGCUUCACUGAUGGGAAUUUGGUUACUGGAGCUGCAUGGCCAGGGCACCCUGAGUUCAUUGCCCAGUUGAUGGCACUACUCGGUAUUCAAGUAUCUUUCUAGUAGCCUUUUUAGUUUAAUAAUGAAUAAACAUCACCACACUUGUCCAUUAUCAGAGGACUCAAUGUAAGUGGAUGUGUGCUAUCAUAAUGUUGAAUUUGAAGGACUUGUAAUGUGCUGGGCAUCCAAGCACUUUGAUGAAAGUGUCUCUUUUGGCUAUGAGUUAUUCUCUCUCCUAGUGAAGAGAUACACUGUGUAUUUAUAUUACAAGAAAAAUAAAUAAGGAAAACUCUUUUUAACAAA